ACUGAAUUUCCUCUCCUGAAAAAAUGGCGGUCUCAGCGGAUUGCCGGAUAUCUCUGUCGGCCUCCGUCCAGUUACGUAGAGCAAGGGGAUUGGCCGGCAGGAACUGCAAGCGCGUGAAGUUCUCCAAUGGGGAACUCAUGGGACAGAAGCUCAUGCUUCCCAAACUUUCGCAACAACGAAAUGGUUCUCAUUGCACUAAAAACAAUACCAUGCAACCAAUCUACAUGUCUCUGACUGCUGAUGUCCCCACUGCAUCCAAGUUAAGGGACCUGGACAUGGAAAGAAGGGACCCACGGACAGUUGUAGCAGUUAUACUCGGCGGAGGAGCUGGAACUCGUCUCUUCCCUCUCACCAAGCGCCGUGCCAAACCUGCUGUUCCUAUUGGAGGCGCUUACAGGCUAAUUGACGUGCCCAUGAGCAAUUGCAUCAACAGUGGGAUCAACAAAGUUUACAUUCUCACUCAGUUCAAUUCAGCUUCACUCAACAGGCAUAUUGCUCGUGCUUACAACUCUGGCACUGGGGUUACCUUCGGAGAUGGCUAUGUCGAGGUUCUCGCGGCUACUCAAACUCCAGGGGAAGCAGGGAAAAGGUGGUUUCAGGGCACUGCAGAUGCUGUGCGUCAGUUCCAUUGGCUCUUUGAGGAUGCAAGAAGUAAGGACAUUGAAGAUGUGUUGAUUCUUUCCGGGGAUCACCUGUACAGGAUGGACUAUAUGGACUUUGUUCAAAAUCACCGGCAGAGCGGUGCAGACAUAACUCUUUCUUGUUUGCCUAUGGAUGAUAGCCGCGCCUCAGACUUCGGUCUAAUGAAGAUAGACAACAAAGGAAGGAUCCUUUCAUUCAGUGAAAAGCCCAAGGGGGAAGACUUGAAAGCAAUGCAAGUAGAUACAACAGUGCUGGGCCUUUCAAGGGAGGAGGCUCAAAAGAAACCAUAUAUUGCUUCCAUGGGAGUGUACGUUUUCAGGAAGGAGAUACUUCUUAACCUAUUAAGGUGGCGUUUCCCAACUGCAAAUGACUUUGGAUCAGAGGUCAUUCCUGCCUCGGCCAGAGAAUUCUACAUGAAGGCUUAUCUCUUCAAUGAUUACUGGGCAGAUAUAGGAACCAUCAGAUCCUUCUUUGAGGCAAAUCUAGCCCUCACCGAACAUCCUCCCAGGUUUAGCUUUUAUGACGCAGCAAAACCAAUGUAUACAUCAAGGAGGAACUUACCACCUUCAAAGAUUGACAACUGCAAGAUUGCUGAUUCAAUAAUAUCGCAUGGAAGCUUCUUGACCAAUUCCUCGAUAGAACACAGUGUAGUUGGAAUCAGAUCCAGAAUAAACUCGAACGUUCAUUUGAAGGAUACAGUGAUGCUUGGUGCUGAUUUCUAUGAAACGGACUCUGAAAUAGCAGCACUGUUGGCGGAGGGAAGAGUACCUAUUGGAAUAGGAGAAAAUACAACGAUCAAAGACUGCAUUAUUGACAAAAACGCCAGAAUCGGAAAGAAUGUUAUCAUAGCGAACUCAGAGGGCAUACAGGAGGCUGACAGAUCUUCAGAAGGGUUCUACAUUCGGUCCGGAGUGACCGUUAUAUUCAAGAACUCAGUAAUCGAAGAUGGAUUCGUAAUAUAAUAAUUUCCUCCGUCCUUUUAUCUAUUUUGACAUGGAUUAGGUUGAGAAUCGAGAAAAAAUAAAUAUUGAAAUUGAGUCAGUACUUUUAUUUUUUGUUACCAUAAAUCAAUGGUCAAUUUCCAGAAAAUAUCCAAUGAAAUUAAGUUUCACAC